UGAAUUGUUUUCGUUUGGUUUCUAUUGCACUAAACUUAGCCUGCAUAUUAGAAUUUUGAAUAUAUGCGAGUUAUACUGUGAAAAUUGGGACCAAAUAAAACAAUCAAAAUAUGUUUAUAUAUUUAAUAGUUAAUGAAUAUUCCAUUUGAAGUUUUUUUUAUAUUAUUGAUAUCCUAACAGUUAUUCCUCCUUUCCUUGAUUUGUCUUCUAUAUUAAUAAUGUCUAACAUUUCGUAUGAUCUCGACACCUCCGGUGGUCUUAUGCCGUUUAUAAGGGCAAUAAUAAAGCCACCCGAUGAAGAUUUGAUCCCUCCGAAACCCAAAAAGCCUCAACAUCCGUAUUAUAAAAGACCUGGAAAAGGUCACAAUCAUGACUCCUGCGACGCUUGUGGCGAAGGAGGUGACUUAAUUUGUUGCGAUCGCUGUCCGGCCAGCUUUCAUCUUGGAUGCUAUGAUCCACCAUUAGAUGUUAGCGACAUUCCCACCGGCUUGUGGUUGUGCCGCGAGUGCUGUGCAGCAGAUGAGAAGCAGCCAUCAGCACGGAGCUCUAGAGCUCAAUCACCCGCUGACAAAUCUGAUACUGAGAAGAGAACUAGAGCUAGCACAUCAGCUAAGAAGAAGAAUAAAGAAGGUGACAAAGAGUCUGAAGAAGAUAAAGAAACAGAGGAAGUCAGCAAGGAGCCUGAAGAAGAGAAGAAAGAACUCACACCUAUUGAGAUUCUUGUCAAAGCAGCUAAAGUUAUGAACCCAAAGCAGUUUGAGCUGCCGAGAGAAAUGAGAAUUCCAUUGAUAUUUCCAGGAACUGAAAAAGAGGGCAGUAAGAAUGGCAAUGCGACAGUGGUGAAUGUGGACGCGUGGGGAUGCGUGCCGCUGCCGGCUAAAGCAUGCUACGUGUGCCGGGGCACCUGCAAGCCCGCGCCGCUGCUGCAGUGUGACUACUGCCCACUGCUCUUCCACCAGGAUUGUCUAGAUCCACCGCUGACCGCUCUACCCACAGGGCGUUGGAUGUGUCCUAAUCACGUGGAGAACUAUAUUGACUGGAAGCUGGUGAACUCUAUAUCAGCGACGGAGCGUGUGGCGCUGUGGGACAAGUUCUCAGAGCCGGUGGACCAGCAUGCCAUCAAGAUUGACUUCAUACGACGUGCCAGGAGAGCCAGGCCCGCUUUCAGGAUGAAGGUGUGGGGUUACCGUGGGCGUGUGGUGGUGCCGUCGAUGGUGAGGUUACACUACCGUCGUCCGCCGCCACUGUUGCCCAGCCGCCGCGAACAUGUGCGCUGUAACAAUGUAUUAAAGAAGCUGAAGUUAGGCGGUGUGUACUCUGAGUCUGAGGAUGAGGAGGGUGUGAAGGAGAAGCACCGCAUCUGUAUGAACACCGAGUGCCCUCAGUACUCGGGUGGUGCCUGCCCCCUGCGCCCCGCAAGCGAGGAUGAUGCCAACGACGACCUGGAAGCCAUUACAGCUCCGCAACAGAAGGAAGAAAAAGCGGAUUCAUCCAGCGAUUUAUCAGACUCAGACUUUGAGUACUUGACGAGUAAAGUGAAGAGGCGGCGUGUAUCUGAGCGCUGGGGGUGGGGCGGCGCACGCUCAGCUCGGCCUGAACGUCUGCAGCUGCGUGAUGCAGGUGUCGAUCAGCUGCUGGCUGCAGUAGACCGACAUCUGCACCUGCUGGAUGACCGUCUCGUCAAACUGCUCGCCUGGCAACAGCUGCAGCAGAUAGCAUGUGGCGAGGCAGUAGUGGGGCGAUGGCGAGGAUGUGGUGGUGGUGGUGGUGCGGGGGCGCGGCUGCUGGGUGGGGUGGAGCGUGCCCGACUGGCCAGGCUGGGUGUGAGACGCGCAGCCCUACCCUCUGAGCUGCUGGCGCGUGCAGACAGAGAACGUAUUGCCCGCCUGGUGUGGGGAGCUCCGCCCCCAGCGCCACAAGCCACGCCCCGCGACACUAGCGCCCUCCACCCACAUCUCCCAGUACGCGCUGUGCUCACACCAGUUAAAGUUGACAGAGAGGGUGGAGAGGCGAGGUUCGGAUGUGGUGUGUCAAUGCGUCUGUCGAGUGUGUCAGUGGGUACACAUGGCUGCGAUGUACCUCUGCCACCACACUGCAGACAAGCCUCACCACAACACGCUGUCAUAUUCUGUGAUGAGGUGACAGGUCACUUUGAGCUGAUCAACUACUCAGAGUUCGGAAGUCGUGUGAACGGUGUGCUGUACACGUGCGACUGGUCGCCGCGCGAUGUGGGGGCGGAGCGCCCGGCGGAGGCCGAGGGCGCAGCACCCGACCCGAUACAGGAGGCGGAUGCGCGAGCCGCGGCACUUAGAGAUCUAGUGCGCAACAGACAGCCACCUCCGCGCAGGCCCAAUGGUGCUCUGACAGUCCGUCCCUCGUGGGAAGAAGACGAGGAGUGUCGGUGUGGUAGUGCAGCCGCUGGUGGAGGUGGUGCAUGGGAGGGCUCCGCGUUGCUGUCACACGGUGCUCUGCUGCAGUUCGGCUGCUGCCGGUAUGUGUUCAGCAUCGCUAAUGAUGACAACUGAACAAAUUAUAUGAUCACAGAUAAUGUGGCAUGUGUUCAGCAUGAAUCUAACGAUGUUCAGUAUAUUUUUCAGAUUCUAAGUUACUUUUAGACUUUUUAUAUUAAUUAAAAUGUUCAUCUUUUAUUCAUAGCACAUCUUAACAUAAGAAAUUGUUCUGUUGAAAACUAACAACGGGAAGAGUUAUUCCUACUUCCUUUAAUUCUUACUAAAGUCCAAUCGCGGAGGAGGAAGAAUUUCGUACAUUGAACUGUCAUUACCUGUCUCUGUCACUCCCGCGUAAAUACAAUGAGUCUCGCUCGCACAGAUACAAUGGCCGCCGUCCUCAGGGAUUGUAAACCUUUUACUGGAGACUAUAAGGUUUGUUCUUAUUUUCAUAAUGUGGUUUUGGUUGGAUUUGAGUCACGACAAAAAGUCCUUGGUUUGCUUGACCAAAAUUGCAUCAGUCACGUAAAAAAAGAGGUAUCGAAAUUAGCUAGACUAGAUGAUAAUGUAGACAAAACUGUUGAUUCUUUUCUAAUAAAUGUGACAGGCGAGACGUCUUCGGAAAGCAGUUACUCCGAUACAGAGGAAUCGGAUUCUGAUUUUUGAUUUUUUUUCUGCCGAAUUAGUAAAUACUUGUCUAGAUUUUUUAUUACU